AUGUUCCUGAACUUCCAUCUGGGAAAGAAUCCCUGGCGGAAGAAGGCCGAGUCACUUGCAUCUGAUGAGCGCAAAAUCCAGGGCAAGCGCAUCGGAGAGGUACUGGAAAAAGCUUCGCUCUAUACGAACGCACUUUUGAGCAGCACCUCCGAGUCACCAUUGAUGGACAUAUCAGAGGACGUUACUCUCUCCAGCCUGGCCCUGGGCUCUACACUCUUUCGUGCCGCGUCCAAGAUAUGUUUGAAAGGCCUGGGAGCUCACUACGCCAAUAAUAUCCUGGACACUGAGGAGUUUCUAGAGGCGAAUGAAGAUGAAGAAGAGAUUUUUACUUGGGCCGAGCCGUAA